UGGAACCGCAGCAACCCCAGGUUUCAGGUGGGCACCCUGGGUGACGGUGGUGGCUACACAGUGGAGGUGAGUAUCAAUGACUAUCUGGACAUCUACUGCCCACACUACGGGGCUCCGCUGCCCCCGGCCGAGCGCAUGGAGCGGUACAUCCUGUACAUGGUGAACGGCGAGGGCCACGCAUCCUGUGACCACCGGCAGCGAGGCUUCAAGCGCUGGGAAUGCAACCGGCCUGCAGCGCCAGGGGGGCCCCUCAAGUUCUCAGAGAAGUUCCAACUCUUCACCCCCUUUUCCCUGGGCUUUGAGUUCCGUCCUGGUCACGAGUACUACUACAUCUCUGCCACACCUCCCAACCUCGUGGACCGGCCCUGCCUGCGGCUGAAAGUUUAUGUGCGUCCAACCAAUGAGACCCUGUAUGAGGCCCCAGAGCCCAUCUUCACCAGUAACAGCUCCUGCAGUGGCCUGGGCGGCUGCCACCUCUUCCUCACCACGGUCCCUGUGUUGUGGACCCUCCUGGGCUCCUAGUGUCAGGACAAGGACACCAGCCCCACCUGGACCUGUCGACUUGUCCCUCGGACCCACCGUGGCCACCUCUGAGACAAAAACCCUUGCUGCUUCUCUUUCAUGGUGCUGUCCCACCGGAGGAGGCCGCCCACCAACCCCAGGUCCGAUGCCUGAGGAGGAGAUCCAGGCCGAGCCACUUUCUCUAUGGUUGCCAGGGAGCUCGAGACCUCCUAGCGUUGUUUUAGUUCAGUCAGGAAGACUUGAAGGUUUUCUUUUAAUUUAAUUUAUUCCCUGAUAUUGCUGGUGACAUUGGAACAAGCCAGCAGGGUGAGUGGGCCAAGGAUCUCCAGCCACUCCUUGUGUACCGCUAUUUGGGUCCCCGACGGAGCCCACCACAGACUUGUCUGACCCGGAAGGGUGCAUGGUGCCAGCCCCUCACUGGGGCCCUGGGGGCUCAUACCCCCUCUUCUAGCCACUGUCAAGCCCUCCUCCCUCAGCAUCUCAGAAAGCCCUUCAGCCCUGCAAUCCACCCCGCAACCCGGGCCCCGCCACCAGGCACAACCGGCUCUAAGGCCUGGAAGACGUUUUAUUUCUGUAAAUAGAAACCAGCAAAUGUGUACUGUGUUUUAUUUUAAUGUAUUCUUGAGGACAGAAUGGAAGUUCUUCAAAAAAAUUUUUUUUCAGACCUGCGAUUUGAGGGGACUUUUAUUUUGGUUGGGGAAAAGAGGGGUGGACUUUUUAGGAUAUAAACAACACUUUGCAAUAAACUCAUUUUUUUUUCCCUUGUCCGUUGGAGCCCUCCCCCCCCUUGAUCAUGUGACCUAGUAAUGUUUGUAAGGGGAAAAAAAAAAAAAAAGACGGACUGAAAAGGAAGGGAGCUGCCUACCAAAAAUACCGAAAGAGCAAAGGACCAAGUGAAGCUGGCCACACACACGUUUCUACGGAUUUCUACCCACCUUUCCUCACUCUGUGUUUUAUAUAUAUUCUAUAUAAAUAUAUAUUGUGGAUGGCCGCCGUGGCAAGGGGCGGCUGGGGGGCUUUUGUAGGGGUGGGGAGUUGGGUGACCCCGCCCCUCGUCAAUCAGCUUUGAAGUCUGUAUUUUUUAUAAUAAAAUGGACAGACAGUC